ACCGAGGUGGAAGGACGUGCGUUUCAUGUGCUCCCAAGGAGCGGUGGUUGCGGCUAACAGCGGCCGCGGUGACAGGAUCGACGGAAUGGAUACCGAGGGAUACGAAGUGGUUUUGCCUACUCUGCCAUCAGGUCGUAGUAUUUUGAAUACUUUAUUUUUGCACGCGGAUGUCCGGUCGAGGCCUUACCGAGUCGAACAUUUCCGGGACAUGUUGGCGCGUCUUGGUUUGCUCCCUGAAGUGGUAGCGUUGGGGGCAUACCAGAUGAGCCACGUAUGGGCUGUGACUUUCAAGAGCAUGGAAGGGAUGAAGAAAGCUUUGGAAUGCGGCGAAAUGAAGGAGAAGGGCCAACGUUGUUUGGUUAUUGAUCCGGCAAACCAGGACGUGCGUUUGAAGCUUCAUUGGCUUCUUUUCAAUGUGGCCGACGAUGAUGUGCGUGUAGCGCUUGCUCCGUUCGGAAAGGUGACGGAGGUCUCGAAGGAAAAGUGGAGAGUUCAAGGGAUCCAAGACAAGGGGUCGACGAAUCGCCUGGUGCGCCUCAAGCUCCAUAACGGCAUUAAGGUCAAUGACCUUCCACACCAGCUUCGCGUAGCCGGUGACAUGGCCCUUCUAGUCGCGCCUGGAAGAGCGCCACUGUGCCUGCGGUGUCACAGUAAGGGCCAUAUCAGACGAGAAUGCCGAGUUCCUCGCUGCACGCACUGCCGACGUUUUGGACACGAAGAAUCUCAGUGCGUGAAGACGUACGCAAGUGUUGCGGAGCCGGUUGGAGGAGAAGACACUGCGGAACUCGUCAUGGACGAGGCUGACGCUGAAGAAGCCGCAAGCGAAGCAACGCCGAAGCUCGAGGUACUUGAUGCGGCAACGUUAACCCCGCCCGACAUGCCCCAAGACGGUAGUGUUAACAAGGAAAGCCGAAAGCUGACCGACGCAGCUGGCGACGCCACCGGCAUCGUGAAAGUGCAGGAGGCCUCAACGCCGUCGAAGUCACCUGAGGAACCAGCCGUCAUGGAAGUAAGCGAGGGAACAAGUGGAGCCCCAGUCUCCAAGCGCGGCCACGACGCUACGCUGGACGAGCAUGAGGCCCUGGCUGCAAGGAUCUCGGAAGGACCGCCGCCAAAGGCGGCGAUCAUUCGGCGGUCACCGCUGAGACCGCGUCCGAACAUACCUCCGGACCGGAGGGCGGCGGAGACGCCGCCGACGCAGCCGCGAGAGCGUGUGCUUCGCGGCGUCUCUUCUAGUCCACCUAGUGAUCAAGCCAAACUCAAGGGACGAUGGAACGCCAUGACAGGGACAUCAACUGUGCCUUCCUAA